AAACAGAUGAACUCACUUAUUUAAUCCCGUUUCCCGAACGGCUGAAAUGCUGGAUGAAAACAUUGAUCCACGCCUGACACAAAUCUCCCCGAAUAGUCAGUCGGCCGACUUUCUACCCGUCGUUCCUUCCACCAGUGGAUUCACGGCAGAGGCAUGCCAACGAGAGAAGAGCAGCUUUUCUGGUUCGGGUGCCAACCGAAUGGCUCCGCUUUACGGGAAGAAAAUAUUCAUGCACUAUGACCCAGGAACGAGUUCAGACAAGUAUUUGGAGAGCGUCUUGCGGAAACUGAAGGCGGACCUGGUCGACUUCUUCAGUCGUGACAUUCACUAUGUCAUUUCCAAUCGACCACAGUCGCGAAUACCUUCUCUCAGUCCGAGUCUGACUCCGACUCACAACGGUUCAAGCAACGCAUCGCUUCCGAAGCAACCGGUUUCCUCUGCUGGCCGCUUAACGAACGUUCCCUCGUCCAUGGCUCUCAAAACACCGUUUUUGCCGACUGCAAAGACCGCCAGCGCUGCCGUGACUCGUGGCCGAGCUAUGCUCAUGGCUGCUCGGAAGAGCACAGGCUCCUUGAACACCACCAGCCCACAGGAGCCCAAACCCUCAGAAGUAUUACGUCAGCGUUCAGCUGUGGCGCCCUUUCGGUGCCUAGCUGCCAUGCCAUUCGAAGGAAGCAUGAGGGCUGGGAUACUGUCAGGUUGCCCAAGCCUAGAAAAGGGAAGUCGAGAGGUAGAGGUCGGGUUCCAACCACGGACCUUCCGGUCACUGCAACCUACAAACACCAAUUCUUCUGCUGUGGCUACCAAAACUCCAGACGGUGGACCGUCGAAUCUCAGAGCACAAGAACUGACGGAAACCAGCGCGGCUGCUUUGUGGUCGCCAUCUAAUGAUCUCUUGGUUCGUGCUCGACGUCUAGGAAUUCGCAUACUAACUGUUGAAGCUGUCUUCAAGUGGAUCCGAAACCUACCGUCUGACGUACAAACUUACAUACAGUCAGCGGAGGGCGCAGACAGUGACAAGUCGAUUGCAGAUAUUCCAGACGAUCCUGAACGGGACCGUGUUUGUCAGGUCCGUCACCUUACCACUCCUUGCAUCAAAAUCUUGGAUAUUUCUGGUCAGACAAGACCGUUGUACAUGGACCGAACCGACUAUUUGCCAGGCUUAUGGAACCUUCUAUCGCAUCGCCCCGCCAAGACCAAGGAGUCCCUCUGUGAGCUAUCCACUAAUGCGGGUAGUGGCAGUGUUCCUGCGGCAAGUCUCGGCCGAACUGGGGCACCUGCAUCCCAAAGUCACCCAGCUACCGCAGCGACCGGAACUCCGUCGAUCCUCAGUCGGCAGACUAGCCGGAUGAAGCGUAAACAGCGUCUAACAAAACAUCACACGUCGGUCAAACUUGCUCAUUCGCUCAAACGUUCCACCAGUAUAUCGGGGAAGAUUGGCUGCCCAUCAGACACUCGAACCAAGCCGGCCGUGGAAGACGAACCAUCGGGUUAUUGUGAAUGUUGCUCGAUGACGUUUCCAAAUCUUUUUGAGCAUCUCAAAUGUCCUGAACACCAACAGUUCGCCAAGAACUCAGAGAACUAUCACCUGCUAGACGAUGUCUUGAAUCGUUUGCCGUCGCUUCAGUCCUUCCUUACUUCGGAGACCAUCAAACAGAAGUCGAUUGAUGCGGGUGAUCGGCGUCCGACGGCUCACAGAAAACGCCACCAAAGCGCUUCUAAGUCUUCUGCUUGUGACGCCCAGGUGUCCCAGAAAACGCAGGACAAUCUGGACGAGCCCGCUGCUCAUGGCGUUCCAGUAACCACAGUCUCUCUGGAUGUUGCUGCGGUGGAUGAAUCCCCCGUGAAACCCAUGGUUCCACCUUGCUUGAAAUCAGUCGAUCCAGCAGAGCAAGGUCAUGCAGAACCAGUAGAUCAGCUCAAGUUGUUCAGUGACGAUGAGGCUGAUCACGAUGACGAAGCCUUGGUGAAAGCAGUAACCAAGGAUGCAGUCGGCUUGAAAUCUUCCACUCCGCUGCCUCUUGAGGUGCCUGCGGUCACGACAUUAGAGCAGAACUUGGCAGUAGAAGAACCUUCACCUGGACCCGUGAGGAUUAUUUCAUUCUCAGUUGACCUUGACGAGGGCCAAAAAGGGUUCCCUGCAGCCUUUGUAGAUCCCAUCCCCCAACAGCCUGAUUUUCCAGCUACCUCUACUGUUAAUGCUUGGCAUUCAGUUUGUGCUGAAAUCUAUGUAAGUGAAUCGUUCCGCCAACCAGUUUCUCGUUCCGAUUCAAACUGUACGAUGAAUGUGUCUCCUGUCUUGGAACGGUUCCACAUCCCUUGUUCAGUCUGCUGCCGCUCACAUAUCCCGUCCCGUUUACCCGAUUCGAUGCACCUGAAAAUGAACAGCCUUCUUGGACCUAGUUUGCAGUUGGAUGGGUUUGGUUGUCAAAGAACUUCGUUCUCUCCAGACGGCAUGUUGUCACCGACUGCUAUUCCAUCGAGUCAAGAUGAACGAAGCACACCUGAAGAGACACCCGCUGUCUCCGCACUUUUGGAGGCUCAAGAUGAUCAUAAUGCGGGUUUGUCGCCUAUUCAGUCUGUUCAUUCAGCUUCCUGUUCGCCUGUUUUCGACAGCAAAGACACUGAAACAACUCACCGCCCACAGAAUUGUACACCGCCAACCUCACCCAUGCGUCGUUUGUCGACCGGCAGCACCAAACAACCGGAUCAACCACAUGCCGUGAUUUCGAACUCCACAAGGUCUAAUCAGCCUUCUUUAUCCGAAACAACCCCAUCUUCCUCACCUCCCUUUUCCAGACCGAUCAUUUCUACCCCUCUUGUUUCCCCUCACACGGACAGUUCUACUCUGUCCACGUCCCGUUGCGUUUUGCCUCCUAACUCACCAAGUUCCAAGUCGGACGCAGGAAAACGCCGUAAGUCCCUUAAUUGGCUCCUAAACACUGCUUCAUUCGAAGCCCAACUCCCAUGUGAUGCCCACGCUUCAUCUGGGAGUGAACUUCAACGAAUCCGAAAGAGGGGAACAAACAAGCGGCGGUGCCUUACAUCCAAUUUGGGAUAUGACACAGAAGGCGCUGUGCUACGUCAGCUUCCAGUCCUCAAACGCACAAAACUUGGCACAGAAAACCCGAUAACCCCCAGGAGCAAAAGGGAAAACAAAUUCUCCAUGGGCACCGCACCUGGCACAGGUGUUGACAAGUUGCCUCACAGUGACAGAAAACGUAAACGAAAGAGGAAAGCAAGUGGAACACCACCCCCUUAUGCGACCCCUUCGCGCGGUGUUCUCCCUCGCGUUGCCGCCCGUAUUGCUCGUGAGUCAAUCAGUUUGAGUGUGCGGGCUCUUUAUUCCCCAUCGACUCUUGACCGGUUCUCUGAUGAACGUCACCAGCCCGUCCCACCCGCCAGUCUUUCUUUGCACUCUGUCGCCAUCAGUUCACCUUCCGAACACAAAUCAUGUCCCCAACGGAAGAAGUCCGGGCGGAUUUUGUUUUCCCCCAAUUCCCCUUGCGCUGAUCCAUCUGACGACGAGUUUUUUGAUAGCCCUGUGCCAAAAUCAAGGGGAUCAGCGAAAAGUAUUCUUUAUUCACCUAAAAUGCGUUUAUUUGGCGGUUCUUCAGAUGGAAAUCAGUAAUUCCUUUCAAACUUCUUAUCCUACCCUUUAGACCUCGUGUAUUCUGAUCGUCCCCGCUUUUUGUAACUUGUGUUCCGUUUCUGUAAUUCCCCCGGAAUGGUAUCCAGUUUGCGUAUGCUGUGAUGUCUUGCAGUUUUUUACAAUGAAGAGGAAAAUGC